CUCUCUCUCUCUCACACACACACACACACACCUCUCUCUCUCUCUCUCUCUCUCUCUCUCUCUCCGCAGUUUUUCCCCAGAUCGUUUCCUCUCCUGCCGGAUGUGUGUCGGAUGCUUUAUACGCCUCGGCUCGCCGGUGUCUCACCAGAACGGUGCGGGUUUUCGGCGGAGAUCGUUAGAGAUGCUUAACGGAUUCAGCUCCUGUAUGAAGAGCGGGCUUUAAUCAGAGGAGGGGAGGCGAGCGCGCGGGGCUUUUUUCACUCUGGAUAGCAGUCGGAGUAAUGCCAGUUCCAGACCAGUCUUGUGACAGCGAGAACUCCAACAUGUUGAGCCCAGUACUAAACGCCUCCAACGGGGAUGGAUCUGAGACAGAGACGACCUCCGCCAUCCUGGCCUCCGUCAAGGAGCAGGAGCUGCAGUUUGAGAGGCUGACCAGAGAGCUGGAAGCCGAGCGGCAGAUCGUGGCCACCCAGUUGGAGCGAUGCAAACUGGGAUCUGAGACUGGGAGCGUGAGCAGCAUCAGUUCUGCUGAUGAGAAGUUUCGCUGGAACAACCAAGACGGACAAAAGGACAUAGAAGAAGAGCUCACCACUGGCCUGGAGCUGGUGGACUCCUGCAUCAGAUCCCUGCAAGAAUCUGGUAUUCUGGAUUCCCAGGAUUUUGCAGCAGGUGAAAGAGCCGGCAUCCUGUCCCAGAGUGCUUUACAGCUCAAUAACCAAGAGGGCGCCUUCCCCUAUACUGCUGGUUACCAUAGCAGCCAGACCCUGGCCCUGGGAGACCCGGCGACCUCCCAACCCCUAGCACGCGGUGCUCAGGUGGGAGGAGCCGUGCACAGCUACAAUCAGGUGACCUCUAGCCGUGCGGCCCAGCUGGUGGGCAAUGACCCGGGCGUACACGCGCAGUCCCGAGACUCGCUGGCACAGAGCCAUGGCAGCGCUUUCCACUUGCCUGACACUCAGCCUUCAGUCUAUUACUCAUGUGCCACCCUGCCAGCCCAGCGUGUGAGCUCGCCGCUCUCCGUGCAGGCCCUGGGCUCACCCUCCAAACUCCAGAGGCUUGGCUCAGCCUCGGAUAUGCCCAGCUACGCCACUCUGCAGCGGGUAUCCUCGCCCAAGCAGUCACCCAGUCGCCUAGCCAAGUCCUACAGCACUAGCUCGCCCAUUAACAUGGCGGCCGGAGGGGCAGUGUCUGCCUCGCCUGGGCAGGGCAACACCACUGGCUCCUCCCCCCUCCAUCAGCUCAGCUCAGCUGUGGGCAGCUACGCCACACUUUCACCCGCCAAACGUUUGCUGCAUUCCUCCGACCAGUACAAGAUCUCCCAUGAGCUUUAUGCCAACGCUACCCUUCAGAGGCCUGGCAGUCUUGCAGGCUCCCGGGGCUCUUACAGCAGUCAGCACAGCCAUCUGGGCACUGAACUGCGCCCCCUGCAGUCUCCUGAGCACCACAUCGAUCCCAUCUACGAGGACAGGGUCUAUCAGAAAGCACCACUGAGGAACUUCACCCAGGGUCAGGCUCCAUCCUCUCCUGGCGUCGAGCCCAUCCCCCUGCAGCGCACAAGCAGCCAGAACGCCACAGGCACCUUUCCCCGCUCCAAUUAUGCCGUCGCACCCGACUACUCCAACCCAUAUCGCACGCUGCAGUUCUGCCCUUCAGCCGACUCGCCCUACAGCAAAUCAGGCCCUGCACUGCCGCCCGAGGCCACGCUGGUCAGGUCACCCUCUGUCGACAGCAUCCAAAAGGACCCCAGGUACGACCCUGAAUUCCUUGUCUGGAAUCAAAAUCAAGCCGAACAAAGAAUGACAAAAGAGUUUGGUUGGAGGGAUCCUGAGCUGCCUGAAGUGAUCCAAAUGCUACAACACCAGUUUCCAUCUGUUCAGUCUAACGCUGCAGCCUACCUGCAGCAUCUGUGCUUCGGAGACAAUAAGAUCAAAUCAGAGAUACGAAGACAGGGGGGCAUCCAGCUACUGGUGGACCUGUUGGAUCACCGGAUGAGCGAUGUGCACCGUAGCGCUUGUGGCGCUCUGAGGAACUUGGUCUACGGCAAAGCUAACGACGAUAACAAGAUCGCGCUGAAGAACUGCGGGGGCAUCCCAGCCCUGGUGCGCCUCCUUCGCAAAACCACCGACGUGGAGAUCAGAGAACUGCUCACGGGCGUGCUAUGGAACUUGUCCUCGUGCGACGCGUUGAAGAUGCCUAUAAUCCAGGAUGCUCUGGCUGUGCUCACCAACACCGUGAUCAUCCCUCACUCCGGCUGGGACUCCUCCCCACACCAGGACGAGCGCAAACUGCACCUGCACUCUUCACAAGUGCUCCGCAAUGCCACCGGAUGCCUCAGGAACGUGAGCUCGGCCGGAGAGGAGGCACGACGCAGGAUGAGAGAGUGCGAGGGGCUUACGGACGCUCUGCUCUACGUCAUUCAGGCCGCGCUGGGCAGCAGCGAGAUUGACAGCAAGACCGUAGAGAACUGCGUGUGUAUCUUGAGGAACCUGUCCUAUCGGCUAGCAGCGGAGACGUCUCAGGGGCAGCAGCUGGGCUCGGACGAGCUGGACGGGGUGCUGUGCACGGACGCCAGCGGGAAGGACGCCGAGAGCUCUGGCUGCUGGGGCAAGAAGAAGAAGAAAAAGAAGAGCCACGAUCAGUGGGACGGCGUCGGUCCUUUUCCAGACUCUGGUGAUCCUCCGAAGGGGCUGCAGAUGCUCUGGCACCCGUCCAUAGUGAAGCCAUACCUCACGCUGCUGUCGGAAUGCUCCAACCCGGACACGCUGGAGGGGGCUGCAGGGGCUCUACAGAAUCUGGCGGCAGGCAGCUGGAAGGUAGGCCCCACCCCAAAGCCAUGGUCGGUGUACAUCCGGGCGGCUGUAAGAAAAGAGAAGGGCCUUCCUAUCCUGGUGGAGCUGCUGAGAAUCGAUAACGACCGUGUGGUGUGUGCUGUGGCCACGGCACUCAGGAACAUGGCUUUGGAUGUGAGGAACAAAGAGCUCAUCGGCAAGUACGCCAUGAGAGACCUGGUCCAUCGCCUGCCAGGAGGCAACAAUAACAGCAGUGGCGGCGGCGUGGGAAAGAGCAUGUCCGACGACACCAUCACAGCCAUCUGCUGCGCUCUUCACGAGGUCAUUACCAAGAACAUGGAAAACGCCAAAGCCUUGCGUGACGCCGGCGGCAUCGAGAAGCUCAUUGGCAUUGCACGCAGCAAAGGAGAUAAACACUCCCCUAAAGUCGUGAAAGCCGCAUCUCAAGUUCUGAAUAGCAUGUGGCAGUACCGGGACCUGCGCAGCCUGUACAAAAAGGACGGUUACUCCCAGUACCACUUCGUGGGCUCGUCCUCUACAAUCGAGAGAGACCGACAGAGACCUUAUUCGUCCUCUCGCACUCCGUCCAUCUCUCCAGUGCGGACUUCGCCCAAUAACCGCUCAGCGAGCGCCCCCACCUCUCCGCGAGAGAUGAUGAGUCUGAAGGAGAGGAAGACGGACUACGAGUUGACCGGAACCAAUCCUGGUUACCAUGGCAACAAGGGCGAACACACCUCCAGGAAGGACACCAUGGCAGCACAAAUCUCCAGCGGAACCGCCACGCUGUUCCGGGGUGCUUACGUGUCUCCCAGCGACGACCUCAAACACAACCAGGUGUCCGCUCAAGGUAAUCCAUCAGAGGCCUACCCUCCCUUCCAGACUCCUCCAGGAGCUAAUUUCGAGGAGAAUUAUUAUGAGGACCAAGCGCACCAACGCCCCCCGGCCACCGCAGACGGCACCCUGCACCUCGGCCUCAAGUCCACCGGCAACUACGUGGACUUCUACUCAGCCUCUCGGCCCUACAGCGAACUCAACUACGAGACGAGUCACUAUCCCGCCUCGCCCGACUCCUGGGUGUAGAGGCAGCGGGCAGGGCUGAGGGUCGCGGUGAAGACACACAGACAGAAACCAGCCCGCAUGUGCAUGAACACUACCGGACACUCACUCACUCACUCGCUCACUCACUCACCAACACACACCUUCAGUUUGAAUAGAAGGCACCUGGUUCACGGUGGUCAUCGGAGACACUCUCACAGAGCGGAAGUACGCGGAAGGAAACUCUGCGGUUCAAGGACGGCCCACAAAGCGGAAAGAUUCGGGAAACAGUGCGGGAGAACUAUAACUGUGAUCUAGAGGAGAUGGGCGACAUGAAGCACAAGAACAUGUCGCGCGUCGACACAAGCCGAGGAAAUGGAUCCGACACGUUUUUAGGACAGCCGUUUGCGUUCGACCCGCUUUUUACGGAGUGCUUUCUUCACAAGGAGAUUUUUAUCUUUUUUUUUUUCGUUCUCUUUAUUUUGUAUCUCCUCUUUUUAACUUCUUAAUUCUAGUGUAAAGUAUUUGUUGUAUAUUGCAGAUGUAGAUACAAGUUACAUUGUGUAUAUUACAGGAAAAGGGAAAAAAAAAAAGAAAAAAAGAAAAACAAAAGAAACUGAUGUGCCCUCCCCUGUGGCGAAUAUCAAUAUUUUUUUUUUUUUUUUUUUUUUUUUUUUUUUUCUUCGGGGGGGGGGGUUGUAUCGGAAAAACCGAGGGGAAAGGGUACUCGUACGUACUCUUCUGUAGGGAAUGUCGUUUUUGGCACCACAAAAAGUAGGCUUUGGUUUGAAAAGUGUUGUUUACUCGAGCGUUUUUUUUGAGAACAGCUAGAGUGAUCUCACAGAGCGUCGUCAUCGUCAUUCCACGCACGGGGUGCUACACUGCCUGGCAACAGUUUACCGAUUAACAUGUUCAGCUUCAUUGUGUUCACACGUCUUUUUGUUCUAGAAGGG